AUGCGAGCCGACAAUGGGAGCGAUACUUCCGAAAAAGAAACGGCAAGCCAGCAUGAAGUCGCAGCUCUAGCAAGAGUACUCAACGGCCUCAUGGGUGCUGUCAGCGCAACACUUGGUGAGACAGGCCCAUUGAAGUACGGCACAAUCGCCGUUCCAAAUCUACCUGCGCUCUACAACGAAGACCUGCUUGACGCAGCCCAUUUCGUCGGCUUUGAGCUCAUACUGGGCAGACCAGCGCAUCCUGAAGAUAACGCCGAAGAAGUUCCUCUCCACGACCUUAUCUACACUCUCGAAGGCAUGGAUCAUGCGGGCAAAUUCCAAUGA